ACCGACAGGGGCGGGGCGAAGGGCGUUCUCGUGGCCGGCCGGCGGAAGGCGUGCCGGGGUCGUGUCCUUCCGCUUCCGGUCGGGGCUGAGGGGAGGCCGCCGGCCGCCGCCGCCAUCGCCAUGGGGAAGUCGGAUUUCCUGAGCCCCAAGGCCAUCGCCAACCGCAUCAAGUCCAAGGGGCUGCAGAAGCUGCGCUGGUACUGCCAGAUGUGCCAGAAGCAGUGCCGGGAUGAGAAUGGCUUCAAAUGUCAUUGUAUGUCCGAAUCCCACCAGAGACAGCUGCUACUUGCUUCUGAAGAUCCUCAGCAAUUCAUGGAUUAUUUUUCAGAGGAAUUCCGAAAUGAUUUCUUAGAACUGCUCAGGAGACGAUUUGGAACGAAAAGAGUCCACAAUAAUAUUGUAUACAAUGAAUAUAUCAGCCAUCGAGAGCACAUCCACAUGAAUGCCACGCAGUGGGAAACCCUAACUGACUUUACUAAAUGGUUAGGGAGAGAAGGCUUCUGCAAAGUGGAUGAAACUCCUAAAGGCUGGUAUAUCCAGUAUAUUGAUCGGGACCCAGAAACUAUCCGUAGACAACAAGAACAAGAGAAGAAGAAGAAACAGGACCUUGAUGAUGAAGAAAAAACUGCUAAAUUCAUUGAAGAGCAAGUUAGGAGAGGCUUGGAGGGGAAAGAACAGGAAAGGCCUGUCUAUACUGAACUAAACAGAGAAAAUGAUGAAGAGAAAGUUGCAUUUAAUUUAAACAAAGGAGCAAGUACUUCAGUAGCAGCAGCAUCUAAAACAAGUGUCCUUGGACCAAGUGCAUUGAAGAUGGUGGGAGGAGCAGGAUCAGUUAAACGGAAAGAAUCUGCUCACAGCUCAGGCCAAUCAAAAGAGAAAAAGAAGAAAUCUGCACUGGAUGAGAUCAUGGAGUUUGAAGAAGAAAAGAAAAAAACAGCCCGAACAGAUUACUGGUUGCAGCCUGAAAUUGUUGUAAAAAUUGUAACAAAAAAACUUGGUGAGAAGUAUCAUAAGAAGAAAGCAGUUGUUAAGGAGGUAAUUGACAAGUACACAGCAGUUGUAAAGAUGAUUGAUUCUGGAGACAAACUGAAACUUGACCAGACACAUCUAGAGACAGUAAUACCGGCACCAGGAAAGAAAGUUCUGGUUUUAAAUGGAGGUUACAGAGGAAAUGAAGGCAUCUUGGAAUCUAUAAAUGAGAAGAACUUCUCAGCAGCAAUAAUCAUUGAAUCUGGGCCUUUAAAAGGACGGAGAAUUGAAGGCAUUCAAUAUGAAGACAUUUCCAAACUCCUUUGAGACUCAAAGCAAUGGGUCAAAGCUGACUCCUGGAAACAUCAGAUUGGUGUCCACUAUGCAGACACAUGAGACUCUACUAUGUCAGAGUUUUUAAUUUGUGUAUAUAGAAAAAACAACCUAGAUUUAUGUAAAGACCACUCUAAAUCUGUUAACAUUUGUGAAAAUCUUGUCUAAUCUUUGAUUCUGUAUCAAAGUUGUAUUAUGUUGUAAUAUUUUAAUUUGUUUUUCUUUUCUAAGAUUAGGGGAUACCUGUGUGCCAGAAUAUUUUACUUACUGAACUAUGUUAAACAUUUUAUAAAAUAUCACCAGCUAGAAAGGGCCACUUGAGGCAGGUACUGUAUGUAACGUAGCCUAUAGUUUGCAUAACACACUUCUGGAUCUGCUUCCAAAACAAAAUUCUGGCUUUAGAACAAGCAAAGAGAUUAAAAGAAAAGCAGGAAGGUAGCAGUCCUUUAGGGGAUUAUUUUUCUGGGGUUUGAUGAUGUACAUAAGAAUGGUUUGGUUUAUUUGUUUUAAAGUGAGUGCAAUAAAUUACGGCAAAACCUGCUUAAUCAGUACUCUGCUAAACCACACACCCAGUCAGGACCUGAUCCUGGCAUCCUUUGUGUUCCCAUUAACGAUCAUGGUUGUACUUGCCUCUGUAGUGACUCCAAGAUUUAACCCUUAAUUGGCAUGAUUUAUGGGGCAGUGCGCUUCUGUGAAUGCGAGCAGUAAAGAAAUGGCACACCUAGUUGUCUGCUCAGUUAAUAGAAAUGAACUGAUGGUUAUGCUGGCAUAGAUUUCCCUGGGCCUAGUCCUUUGUUCACUUUAAUGCUGCUUUCCUGCUCUAUUGUGGAUCCUAAAUGAGUCACUUUUCUUUGAAUAGUUUUUAAAAUGUGUAACAUUCUGUACAACACUUUUUUAUUUUUAAAGCAAUUUGUGGAAUAAAAGCACAUCUCUCUCAG